AGCCAGAGAGCGAGCGAGCGGGCGGGCGUGCGCGCGCGCUGGGCCCGCCUCGGCCGCCGCUGCUGUCGGAGGAUGUCUGAGCGGCCGCGGCGGUGUGGGCUAGCGGCCACGAGCUACUUCUGCGGCUGCCCAGAGGAGCGAAGGUCGCCGGCCCCGCUUCGUCCCCUCUCCGCCCCCCGGAGGGGCGAGAGGGAGCGCAGCUGAUGUCAGUUGUCAAGAACAUUUUGGAAGACUUUAUGAUUGUGUCCCCAAGAUAAGUUUCCGAUCAUGAAAUGAUAGAUCAAGGGGGUUCAUCUGAACCAGACGUGGUGGUGGCACAUGCUGUAAUCUCAGCACUCAGGAGGCUGAGGCAGGAGGAGCACUGUGAAUUUGAAGCCAGCCUGGGCUAUACAGUGACUUCAAGAAAUACACUUUCAGGAAAUGGCCUCUAAAUCUUGGCUGAAUAUUUUAACCUUCCUCUGUGGAUCAGCAAUAGGAUUUUUUUUUUGUUCUCAGCUAUUUAGUAUUUUGUUGGGAGAACAAGGUGACACCCAGCCUAAUAUUCUUCAUAAUGAUCCUCAUGCAAGACAUUCAGAUGAUAAUGGACAGAAUCAUCCAGAAGGACAAAUGAACUUCAAUGCAGAUUCUAGCCAACAUAAAGAUGAGAACACAGACAUCGCUGAAAACCUGUACCAGAAAGUUAAAAUUCUUUGUUGGGUUAUGACGGGCCCUCAAAAUCUAGAGAAAAAGGCCAAACAUGUCAAAGCUACAUGGGCCCAACGUUGUAAUAAAGUGUUAUUUAUGAGUUCAGAAGAAAAUAAAGACUUCCCUACUGUGGGCUUAAAAACCAAAGAAGGUAGAGAUCAACUAUACUGGAAAACAAUUAAAGCUUUUCAGUAUGUUCAUGACCAUUAUUUAGAAGAUGCGGAUUGGUUUAUGAAAGCAGAUGAUGAUACAUAUGUCAUACUAGACAAUUUGAGAUGGCUUCUUUCAAAAUAUAGCCCUGAAAAACCCAUUUAUUUUGGGAGAAGAUUUAAGCCCUUUGUAAAGCAGGGUUACAUGAGUGGAGGAGCAGGAUAUGUACUAAGCAAAGAAGCCUUGAAGAGAUUUAUUGAUGCGUUUAAAACAGAAAAAUGUACACAUAGUUCUUCCAUUGAAGACCUAGCACUGGGAAAAUGCAUGGAAGUUAUGAAUGUAGAAGCUGGGGAUUCCAGAGAUACCACAGGAAAAGAAACUUUUCAUCCCUUUGUACCAGAACACCACUUAAUCAAAAGUUAUCUACCCAGAACCUUUUGGUACUGGAAUUAUAACUAUUAUCCUCCUGUACAGGGCCCUGGUUGCUGUUCUGAUCUUGCAGUUUCUUUUCACUAUGUUGAUUCUACAACCAUGUAUGAAUUAGAAUACCUCGUUUAUCAUCUUCGUGCAUAUGGUUAUUUGUAUAGAUAUCAACCUGCCUUACCUGAAAACAUACUAA